CCACCGUCCGCGCCCAGCCACCCUUUCCCUUUAGACACUCUCAGACCCCUACCCCGCCCCUUUCCAAGCGUGUCCCGGGCCGCCGCCGCAGAAACCGCACCAUCUCUAUCCCCACAUUCUCCACGCGGGACGCGCAGCCGGGUCUACAAGUGUUCUUAGAACAGAGAUGAGCUAUCUGGAAUAAGGCCAGCAAGUGACCUGUCCAUUUAAGCCACAGAUGAAUAACACUGCAGCCAGCCCAAUGUCUACUGCCACUUCAAGUAGUGGAAGAAGUACAGGGAAGUCUAUAAGCUUUGCAGCAGAAUUGCAGAGUAUGAUGUUUUCUCUAGGUGAUUCUAGGAGGCCUCUUCAUGAAACAGCAGUUUUGGUAGAAGAUGUAGUACACACUCAGUUAAUUAACCUGUUACAGCAAGCUGCUGAAGUUUCUCAGCUUCGGGGAGCAAGGGUAAUCUCUGCUGAAGACCUUCUGUUUUUGAUACGCAAAGAUAAGAAAAAACUUAGAAGACUGCUAAAAUACAUGUUUUUCCGAGACUACAAAUCAAAGAUUGUCAAAGGCAUCGACGAAGAUGAUCUUCUGGAAGACAAAUUGAGUGGCAGUAAUAAUGCGAACAAGAGACAAAAAAUCGCUCAAGACUUUCUCAACUCUAUUGACCAAACAGGAGAACUCUUGGCAAUGUUUGAAGAUGAUGAAAUUGAUGAAGUUAAACAAGAAAGAAUGGAGAGAGCAGAAAGACAGACUCGAAUUAUGGAUUCAGCUCAAUAUGCAGAAUUCUGUGAAAGUCGACAAUUAAGUUUCUCCAAAAAAGCCUCCAAAUUUCGAGACUGGUUGGACUGCAGCAGUUUGGAGAUAAAGCCCAAUGUUGGCGCUAUGGAAAUUUUAGCAUAUUUAGCAUAUGAAACUGUGGCACAGUUAGUGGAUCUGGCUCUUCUUGUGAGGCAGGACAUGGUAACCAAGGCAGGAGACCCCUUCAGCCAUGCCAUUUCUGCCACCUUCAUUCAGUAUCACAGCUCUGCUGAGGGGUCUUGCCUAAGGUCCUACCCAGACUCUCCUGAGAACACACCUCCUCCUACACCAAGUGCUCCAUCAUCUGGAUCACAGCUCUCAGGGAGAACCACAUCAGGAUCCCUAGGGAAUGGGAGUGCUGGACAAGACUCAGCUAAAACCAAACAAAGGAAAAGAAAAAAGAGCACUGCGGCCUGUGGUGUUGAGGCUCACAGCGAUGCCAUCCAGCCCUGCCACAUCAGAGAGGCCGUUCGACGCUACAGCCACAAGAUUGGCCCCCUUUCCCCAUUCACAAUCUGGAAAAUAGAACAAAUAAGCCAUGGUCUUGAAGGUUCACUUAGCUGCUACCAGAGCAGGUGAGCAAAAUCAACAGAAGGUGCGAAAGAACUCCACCACAGAAGGACACUGAGUUUUCAUCACUCCUCGGAAAGGACCCACCUUGAAAGGUCUACUCC